AUGAAGAUAGACUGAUGCUGGUAGCGCUAAUAGCGUUUCCCCGAACGCACCCAAAUUGCACAAUAAAGAAUUCAAACUGUGUUCAGACACACGCGCAGAUUAUUUAUCGCGUUCGUUCGCAUAACGUGACAGCGUGACACGACGAUUGCCGAAUGUCUCCGAUUCCGCCUACCACCUGCUCAUGUGCACGUCCGAAUUACGGCUAUGUAUUUUGACAUGUUUUGACAUUAUUCAGGAGCACGUCAUAAUAUCACACACAGGAUGAUGUCCGAGAGGGAUUACGCUCCCCUAAGUGCGGCAUGUGUACGUUCUCUCAAUGAUAAACUGUAUGAGAAACGAAAGCCAGCCGCCGUAGAGAUAGAGAAGAUGGUGAAGGAAUUUGCUGCUCACAACAACACUGUGCAGAUUAAGAGAUUGUUGAAGGUUCUUGGGCAGGACUUCGCCACUUCGCAGAAUCCACAUACACGCAAGGGUGGCUUGAUUGGUCUUGCAGCGAUUGCGGUCGGUCUUGGAAAAGACACUGGUCAAUAUAUAGAAGACCUGAUUCAUCCAAUCUUGGCAUGUUUCUGUGACGCCGAUUUGAGAGUUAGAUAUUAUGCCUGCGAGAGUCUGUACAAUGUAGUCAAAGUAGCAAGAGGUGCUGUGCUUCCUCAGUUUACAGACAUCUUUGCCGCUCUCAGCAAAUUGGCCUGUGACUCUGAGCAAAGUAUAAAAAAUGCUACCGAAUUACUCGACAGAUUGAUGAAGGACAUUGUGACAGAAAGCGGUCUCUUCGACUUGGUUGGAUUUAUGCCUCUAUUACGUGAGCGCAUCUAUACAAAGAACCCAUUCGGCAGACAGUUUGUAAUAUCAUGGGUGUCCGUGCUGGACGCGGUGCCCAACAUGGACUUCAUAAUAUUUCUACCUGAGAUACUCGAUGGAUUGUUUAGGAUACUGGAGGACCCAACGCCAGAGAUUAAGAAGGUCACAGAUACAGUUCUUGGUGAAUUUUUACGUAGCAUAAAAGCUAAUCCCGCGAGAGUAGACUUCCCGGCCAUGAUAAACAUAUUAAUUACGCAUGCUCAAAGUAGCGACGAGCUGCUUCAGCUGACAGCCAUCACGUGGAUCAAAGAAUUUGUACAUUUAUCUGGACCUCUAAUGCUCCCAUACAUGUCUGGUAUUCUUGUGGCUGUUUUGCCAUGUUUAGCCUACGACGGCGACACGCGUAAGAGUAUUAAGGAAACAGCAACACAAGUAAAUGCGAAUUUAAUAAAAUUAAUAAUUGUUAAAAGUACAGAAGUCACAAGUAAGGAUCAAGAAAAUAAGAUACUUUCUACUAGAGAAAAGAACGAUAUAACAGAAAAUUAUUCCAUGGCUGAGAACUUAGAUCUCGCUAGCGUAGUGGAGGUACUUACGAAACACUUACUGUAUCUGUCGGUCCAGACUAAAGUCGCGGUUUUAAAAUGGAUACACCAUUUGUUCAUAAAUAUUCCGCAAAAAAUGUUUAAGCAUAUCGAGGACUUAUUUCCGAUAUUAAUGAAAUCCUUGAGUGACGCCUCCGACGAGGUGGUGCAACAGACGCUAGUGGUAAUGGCAGAGAUUAUUAGUUCGAAAUCCCCGGAAGCGGUAGCGACCGAUCCUGACGCAAAGAUGCAGAACAAAUAUUUCACAAAGUUUAUCGUCAAUUUAUUAAGGCUCUUCUCGACCGAUAGACACUUACUAGAGGAACGGGGUGCCUUCAUUAUAAGGGAGUUGUGUGUGCUUUUAAGUGCGGAGGAUAUAUACAAAACUUUGGCGAAGAUACUAUUAGAGGAACAGAAUUUAAGUUUUGCCUGUACAAUGAUACAGACACUGAACGUCAUCCUUUUGACCAGUUCCGAGUUGUUCGAUUUGCGCAACAAACUUAGGCAUUUGGACUCUUCAGAUAGUUGCGCGUUAUUUGAGUGCCUGUAUGUGUCCUGGUGUCACAAUCCGGUCGCCACAGUGGCCCUGUGCCUCUUAUCUCAACAUUAUCGACACGCAUGCAACAUCAUUCGAUCUUUCGAAAAUAUAGAGGUUACAGUGGAGUUUCUAACGGAGAUAGAUAAAUUGGUACAAUUAAUAGAAUCGCCGAUUUUUACUUAUUUGAGACUGCAGCUGUUGGAAUGGGAGAAGAAUGACGCUUUGAUAUACGCGUUAUACGGCUUGCUCAUGAUUCUGCCGCAAAGUGACGCCUAUGCUACCUUGCAACGUCGUUUAGCGGCGAUACCCCCGGCUACAAAGCCGAUACCUAAAAGCGAACAUUCGCAAAAGAAAACAGACAUCGAUUGCCCGUUUGAUUUUGACAAACUGCUGAAACAUUUCCACGUAGUACAAGAGCACCACAGAGAACAGAAGCGCAAGCAAAGACUGAAUUCCUUGAUCGAGAGGAACACUAGUCAUGUAGACGUGUGAAUCACGCGUUCUUUUUUUCACGCGCGAGAAUUCGUACGCACGAAUUUUGCAACACAUGUAAGAGAAAAGAGAUACGCCUGAUUUGCUAAUUUUUUACCGCAUAAUUAUGUAAAAAAACUUGUGUUUAGCUGUAUGUUAUGUAAAAAUAUAAUUAUUAUUUAUUGAAAAAUGCUAUUGUUAGACUUAUCGGAAAUAAACGAUCGUAUCGUUAAUUUUUAA